CGACUACUUGAUUUCUGUGAAAGGUUUUUCCGACUUCUUGAUAUUUGUGAAAGGCCGGUUUCAAAGACGCAGAUUUGUUUCGAAAUGCAAAUUAAAUUCAAAGCAUUGCUCUUGUUUCUUAUUGCAACACACGCUGAUCAAGGAAACAAAGCGAGAAGUUUGUCUUCUGGAGCAAAUGAUCAUUCUAUUCUGACAAUAAUCUUGAAACAACUAUUUAGAUUAGAAGCUAAACAAAAUAGUCCCCCUCAACUUACAGAUUCCUUAGUUCAGACGAUAAACGAAAACAAAAAGUUGUAUGAAGUAUUGCGAAAGCAGUUGACCGUCACCAAAGACGAAACCUGCAAGCUGUCUUCUACAAUCAACCUUUUGAAAACAAAUUUACAAUCGCAAAAGGACAAGUUUAAUAGGGAAAUUUCAGCAUUACGAAAACAUCAUGAAAAAAUACCAGCAUUCACAGCCAUCUUUAGUAAUAAUGGAUAUAUGCCAUUAGCUCGGGGCCAGAUAUUGAAAUUCGAUAAAGUUCGCCUCAAUAUUGGUGGAGGAUAUGACCCGACCACUGGAUAUUUUACUGCUAAGAAAACUGGAAUUUACUUAAUGUCAUGCUCGGUUCGCUCUACAGGAAAAUCUUUACAUGUAACACUUUGGCGAAAUAAUGAUCGAAUCAUGCUUGCUUAUGGGGUAAAUUGGAAUACGGGCAGCAUUAGUAUUGCCGUUGAUGUGAACGUAGGCGAUAAACUUUAUAUAAAACAUAAUGAUGGUUCUUAUGUAAACAACGAAGUUAUUCAAGGUGGAACAACAUCAUUCUUUUCUGGUGUAUUUAUAUCUGGAUAACAAUGGUUUGAUUUUAUAUCUCACAAUCAGAU